GGUCGGAAACUUUUACCGGACCACGGAAAAUCCGUGGAGCUGACUAAGCCGAGUCAGCUGAAGACCAGGUGAUCCCGACGGCGCGCGUGGUUUGCCGCCCCUCGCCGGACCCCUAUGGUGCCGAUGUCUUGGAGAUGACUUCGCCUCAUCUUCAACCUCUGGAUCUGGACGAGCUCGAGCCGUUGCCUCCGUCCCGCAUCGAUACGCGGUCUGCUUCUUCCUGUCGGCACCCGCUCGAUGAUGACAGACCAGCGGGUCGCACGUUCACUUCGCCGACGCUCAGCCCGGAUCAGCAGUCUCCGCAGUGGAGCGCAGAGUCUUCUCCGGAACAGCGCAGGAUACCACUGCCAAGACAGCCGUUGAGCAUCGGUACGUCGUUUGGCACUUCUUUGAGGGCGGCUGAGCCCAUUGCUAGCACUCAAGCGAAGAAGCACGAUCCGAGCAGUGCUUCUGACAGGCUUCCCCAAGGCUCGUCGAGUGUUGCAACCAAGGCUCGAUAUCUCACUGUCUCAUCGGUCCUGUCGCGCUCUGGCGUAGCACGAACGUGGAAUGACGGAGAGGCGCUCCAUCACAACCAGAUUAACAGACAGCAUGUGCCCCGCAACGUCGAGCGAUCUUCGCGGUGGAAAGCAACCGCAGGCCGCAGAGCCAGCAAUGGCAGUGCGCUCGAGGCUGUCGGCGCUCUGCUCCUGCAUCGCGAUUCAACUGGCACGGUCUCGAACCUAUCCUUUGCCAGAGCGCCGCCUAGGCAAAAGGAUGAUUUACAUAGGCCAGGCCUCAUCUCACGUGCCUCGCGGGCCUGGAUGCAAGGCUUGCGACAGGCGAGUGCCCAGCGUUUGGGAAUCUUCAUGCCUUCUGACGGAUCUAAUUCGGAUGGUAUGACUAUCGCAGAGCGUAGAGCGCGUAGGAACAUGGCUCGGAAUCAAGCCGAAGGCAUUUAUACGGUGAAAGGUCGCGGCAACACACCUUCAUUCCAACUGUCUCGACCUCCUGCCAACCUUGCCAAGUCAUCUCUCUCAGGGGCGGAUGUGGAUGCAUCCCAGACACCAAGCACGGCUCGCCCGUCAUUUCAAGGCAAAGCUUCUCUCGAGAAUUUGGAGAGGCCGCCGCUCCUCUCCCGUCGAGCUCAAUCUGACCACGUAUCUAGCAGCUCCUUAAGCGUGUAUGGGCGAGGAUCAGCGUGGGGCAUCCAGGAAGCUUUGGAAGCUCCCCCGACUCCGAUCGACAUGCCUGGCGCAUGGAGCGGGGGUUCAAGUGCUUGGCGAGCUAGGCCGGGAGACGGCUAUGAGGAAGGCGCGCUCCUGCUUCCGCCACCAUUACUGGACGAUCGCGGAAGCGAUGCUCGAAGCUUCGAAGGGCUGCUGGGGGUGCGCAGAGCGCGUGAGCGUGAAAAGGCUCUCAAGGAAUUCGAGCGACUUAAAGCCAGGAACAGGCCCGCCCAUAAGGUCGGGCUGCUCACUGCCUUCUCGAAUUUUGUGCGUGCGGCUCACGCGGCCGACAUGGCAAACCGACGAGCUGCGAAGGACCAUGGCGCGGUCGACGCAAGACCUAACAUGCACCUGCGUCGACACACCGAACCAGCACAUGAGCGCGCGAGCCCCAACCACCCCGCUUCAGCAGGACGACGAACGCCGACUCCACGGUCGUCCCCUAUCACUACCGCUGCCGAUUCCGUUACUCGCCGAGCGUCACUCAGAAACCCUUCCCUUGAUCUCGCUCGUCCAGCCCUGGAGACAGUAUACGAGAGUGGGACGCUGCCAGACGAAGCCAGGUUCUCUCGAGACCGAGCGGCCCAGCGAAGAGAACGCAGCCUUGGUAGCACUGGCUCGUCAGAAUUUGGGGAUGAGUCACUGAGCGACGCUGAGCUGUCGAGCUCUUUCUCCGGUCAGCCACGUGCGCCGAGAUUGUUGCCAGUGCACCUUGGCAGUCCAGUCGCAGCCCUGACCCCGAUGGUCCUCGAUUCCCAGCCAAGUCCGAGAGUUGGUUCACGCCGGACAAGCGUCGGAUCAACGGCGUCUGCAGACUACAUGACUCGCGGCGUCCAGGUCAGAGCGAAGGGUAGUCUGCCAGUCACACCCAAGCUGGGGCCCACGUUGCUCAGUCUUCCACCUUCUCCAUGGACUCCAAUCGCCAGGAGCCCCGCAAUGUCACCAUUUCUUAGCACACAAGCCGCUCCUUCGUACGUCGUGCAGCUUGGCACAAGUGCUACACCUCGUACCAAGCCCGGUACGCCACGUCUAGAACCUACACAUAUCGAAAUUCUCCCGUCACCCUUUCCACAGUCAUCGUUCGAUUCGGCAGCAUUCCGCCUUUCUCCCAGCACUUCAGAAAUUGAGCACUCCCUUGAAGACCCGUUCGAGGACAAAGCAUCAUCAACGUCACCUGCAUUACACCCUUCUGUGACAUCUGAGCAAGCAAGCACUCCUUCAGCCGUUCCGCGGCGACGAAAGAACACAAAUCCAAGAGUGGCAGACAUGAAUCCUGCUUCACGCACCGCCUCUGCUCGCUUGACGCCUUCGGACAUGAUUGCAGCUUGGACUAGCGAAUUACACAGUACUUCAUUUUCAACCGCCACCUCUAAGGCUCCAGGCCAGCGACCCACCAGCGGCUCUGACUACGAGGGCCCAACAAUAGCAGACCUCGAGCGGAGAGCCGUCGAGGUUCCAGGGCGAUCUUGGUUGCUCUGGUUCUUGAUAGGAGAUCUCGGUCUGGGCGACCGCUCCUCCAUGAGCAUUUCCAAGGGAUCCCCGGAGCGCGCAGAAGGCACAGCGGCUGCCGCAGACACGAUGGAACGAUUUGGAGGUGUGCCUACGCUGCUAGGACACUGCUUUGAUUUCAUCGUCUACCUGCUCGCACACGUCAUAGAUCUGGCAUACAGAAUUGGCGAAGUGCUGAUCCUCGCUGCUUGGUUUCUGCGAUGGCUAUUCUUGAACCUCACUGGGCAGACCGUCUUGAGUCGUUGCAUUGUCGAGGCCUACAAGCUCAUCCAGGCGGAAUGGACCACUGUUGCCGCUGAAGACCACGAAGCCAAGGGCAUGAAGAAGUCCCGAAGAGGAAGCGUCGUGGACGUCACAGGCUCAGCGGACGCCCAACAGCAGCCGAAAGGCUUGACACGCUGGCAAAUAGUGAGGGGCAUCGUCGAACUUGUCUCCCUCUACACAGUGACUCGUCAGAGGUACCUUGAGGAAGGCGCAGGACUCGUGAAGCUAGAAGGAUGGCAGAAGACAAAUCCCCAGCGACGAGACACUCCCAAGGCUGCAGACGAUACAUCGCACGGAACUCAGGCCAACGACUCUCCGACGCGUUCUGCGGUCUCGUCCAAGGGCGGUGACGAUGCGCCUGCAAUGCCUGAAGCGACGAGCGACAAGGACUCGGACGCAGAUCAGCAUUCGAGCGAUAGCGCAGAGAGUGACAACGAAAGCGACGAUGACAAUUUUGUGGUCACUCGUCAAGGGGCUGAAAUCCUCGAGUUCUCAAAGACACCACGUCUAGAGCCCCGUCUGGGACACGACGAACAAAGCUCUUCGGCAGGAGAUGGCAGCAAAGGACCAGGCAGCUAUUUCUUCAGCAGGCCAGGAGGUACUGGCAGCAGUACUGAUCGCACGCGACGAAAUAAGUACGAACGCAAAGAACGUGGACAGCGACCAAGAGAUGUCCGGGCGAUAGUGCGCAAUAUCAAGUGGGCCAGCAGGCUCGCUAUCUCUGCCUACGGUCUCCAUGUCACACUUGUUGAUCUGCCAGCCACCUUCACUCCGUCCGGCAACCGCUUCUCGCGACAGACUUUUGCCCAUUUGUCUAGGAUACGCUCGGAUGAUGUUCUACACGCGGACAUUCAGACCCUGGAUUCGGAUACGUAUCAUCCGACUUUUUACCUCGUCCGCGACUACGCGCGCCGCUGCGUAUGCGUCUCCGUGCGAGGGACACAAAGCCUGCAAGACAUCAUUAUUGACUUGGAAAUGGCUACCACGAAGCUGCAACUUCCAGGCGUACCCUCAGUUGGUGCGGACGACCCCGACGAGGAGCUCACAUGCCAUUCUGGCAUUCUGCGAGCGGCAAAGGCCCUGCUCGAGCCAGACUCGUCCCUUUUCAGCACGCUGUCAAGCGCUCUUGCUGAGAACGAGGGCUUUGACCUCGUGCUUACGGGACACAGCCUGGGAGGUGCUAUUGCGUCUACGGUCGCCCUGCUACUGUCAGAGUACCGCGUGCUUCCGGGUCAAGCGGCAGACGAGGGCCAAUGGGUCAUCCGACCAGACAGCGGUUUGCCUGCCGGCCGCUCUGUGAGGGCUUUGACGUUUGCCCACCCGGCUACCGUCAGCGCAGCUUUGGCUGAACGCGCCUCUCGAGGCUUGACUCCGCUUGUUACCACUGUGGUCCUGGGUAGCGACCUCAUUCCUCGAUGUGGACAUGGGCAGGCGAGAGAACUGCGUCGACUGCUUGGCGCACUCUCUCGUGUGCGUAGACGACAUGAGCAUAAGCGAGCAGAUGAUGUGGAAGACGCAAGGAUUCACAUUUUGCACAGCUGGUGGGCAUGGUCUUCAAUACAGAAAGCCGGCAGAGACGCUUCGAACGAGAUGCGUGAACGGGCAAAACGCAUCGAAGAUCAGCUCUGGCGCCUGCGGUGUGACGUGGAACAGGAUCUCUAUGCCGAGAUCAAGAAACGGUCUGCCGAGCACAACGGAGGCUUGAAGAGUGCCUCCAAAGCACCUCCCUCGCCAUGGAUCGGCCCGCAGCAACGGUCCUCGGCGCCUUUGCACCAGCUCGCAGCGCGCAGGCAAGCAUUAGAUGCAGCCACGCUCAGGAGCGAAGCGGCUCAAGGCGGCAUCCUCAUCCCGCCAGGCAGAUCCAUCUGGAUCAAUGGCAAAGACCUGUACGCUGUGACCAAUCCCCUCAGCUUCUUUUCCGUUCCCGAUCUCGACCCCAAAUGCCUCGCGCAACACUUUCCAUCAGCAUACGAAUCUGCCUGCUUGGACGACAUAUAGGAGUGUGCUUUGUUCACUUGACACGCAGGCUAAACACACACCUCAACGCAUCAAAUGUAUUCUAGGCUCUUGCGCAGCGCGGCAAGAAGUUCGGAGAUCGCCAACAAAGCAGGCAUUGCUCCUGGAAGGAGAACAGAUGGGCGUGAACUUUGAUCGAUGGUCCUCACGCUCAAAGCCUGAGGCAGGCAUGGGCACGUCGUUGAAGGCGCACUGCUAGGCUACUCGUACGUCCACGCAGGUAGAAUCGUAUGUACCCAUGAGUCUUCGAUGCG